AUGAAAGAAAUGACUGUUGGAGAUAGAGUUUUAGAAGGAGAUUCACUUGGAACUGUGAGUUCAGAACCUUUAAAGUGUGAAGAAAACCACAAAAAUAGUGUUUGUGAUUGUAAAUUAUUAGUGAAACCGGACGAUUUGACAAAUGGAGAGCUUGAGGAAGGUUCUAAAAAGCUAGAAAAUUUUAAAAAAAUAAAAGUUAAAAUCUUUGAGUAUUUUGAUAAAAUUAAAGAAAACAGUAUGAAUUUUGAGGAAUUAACCAGAAUUUUGUCUGAAAGGUUUGAUUUUCAUGAUUUUUCAAACCCAAAUUCAUGUGUAAAUUUAGAUUCUGUUAGUCUAGGAUCAACAUUUGAAAGGGAGUUUAGAAAUAAGUAUUUAAACACUGAUGAGGAGUUAGAAGCUGAAGAUUCAGGUGUAAAUUACGAAUUUGUGGGAAUGGAAAAGGCCUGUAAUUUCUUCUCAGACCCUAAAAAGCUUAUUACAGUGACCUUAAACGAUUGUAAAAUCAGUCAAAUUGGGACUAUAACUGAGUUUCCAAAGUGUACAGAGCUGUUUCUAUCAAAUAACCUCUUGACAAGCUCAGAAGUAAAUAAGUUAGUAGAAUAUUUUCCCAAGCUAACAGUUUUAGACGUCUCAGAAAAUAAAAUUGACAAACCAAUUAAUGCACCGAGUGUAAAAACAUUAAUCAUGAACAGAGUUUUUGUGGAGUUUGAAUUGGUUUUGGAAACUCUAGAUCGAUGUGUAAAUGUAACAAACCUGAUUUUUUCAGAUAAUAUGCUUGAUGAGGUUGUUUUUAAGGGAAAAACUUACCCAAAUCUCACAGCUAUAGAUUUGAGUAAUAACUUUAUUUAUAGUUGGGAUUCCAUUUGUAACCUAUUUAAGAUAUUUCCAAAUUUGGAAAAGUUGUUCAUUUCUCACAAUCUUUUACAUAACUUGGACUCAAAUAGUAUGGAGUUUAACAGUUUGUUAGAACUUGACAUAUCAAAUAACCUGAUUAGUGACAUUGAUGUGAUGGUAAAGGUAUCGCAGGCAUUCCCUAAUUUAACAAGUUUAAAGGUUAACUCAAACCCAAUCAGUCCAAAUUUUAUGGAAAAAUACAGCAAUUUACCCUAUAUAAAAAGUGUAAAAGGGGAUAAAAAUGAUGAAAUAAUUAGGAUGUACAUGAUAGUAACAUUUGCAAAUCUGAAGGUGUUAAAUGGCACAACUAUAACAGGGGAGGAGAGAACAAAUUCGGAACGUUAUUUAAACUAUUUGGAGGAUAAAGAACAGGGAGAAGAAACGAAAACAAAGGUAAAUCUGGAGAAAAAGAAUAGAAUUAAGGUAUUACUGGUGCCAGAUGGCGAUUCAGAGAGUUUCUUAUACGAGCCUGUGGAGAAGAAACUGUCAGAAUCCUGCACAGUUUCAGACGUAAAACUACUGUGUAGUAAACUAUUCAAAAUGAAUCUUAAAGAUAUUAAACUCGUCUACAACAACAAGAUGAUGCCGUUGUGCGAGGAAAUGGAUGAUGAUUCCGCGGAAUUGUGUAGAUAUGGAAUCUCGGAUAAUUAUCAAAUUCGAGUACAAAAUAAAAAUAUUAAAUUUUAA